ACUGUUUAAUGUAAGUUGUGCUUGUUCAUUUCGUGGAACGUAAGCGAUAUAAGAGGAUAAUUUAUGAAUUGGGAACGACUGUUCCUGACUUGCCGCAUGUAUAUUUAAUCUUAUGAAUCCAUUGUACAAAAAUAAUUUGUGCAUUUAUUCUUUGUAAAGGUUUUCCUUUGCUCAAAAAAUAUAUAGUGUAUUAUAUUUUUCACUUAUUGUUAACUCGAUAAGUAGCUGUUUUGACGUGUAAACGUGUGGGAUCGAUUUAAUGUGAAUGUGUGAGUGGGUUUUUAUCAAACAGUUAGCUUGUACAAGCUAACUAGAGUACGUACUCUGAGGUGAUAAAACUUACAGAACUUCGCGAGGAUGUGAAACGAAGUUAUUACUAGUGUACCGUAACCACAAAUAAACGAGAUUGUUGGUUCACAGGCACAAUCAAAAUAAUAAAUGUGUCAAAUAGGUUCAAAUGUUUCCUGAUGGAUUUAUAACCAAUUAUUAUCUGUAUGACUAGUAGUGUCAUUUAUGGCGGUGAUAUAUAGUAUUCUAUUUACACGUCAAGCCUAUAAAAAAUAUAAUACAUUUCAUGUUUAUUCUGUUUAACAUGUGGAUUAAUCUGCACAGCUUUCUGUAUACAGCAUUUCACAUAGUUUGUUACUCGGUAUUUAAGUAUUAGGAACACUUUAAGCUUGUAGUUAGUUAGGGAAAACAUUCUCAGUUCAAAGUGUAUACUUACGCUUUAUCAGUGUGAUUCUAAAAAACGACGGGCUACAAACAAAAUGAAAGAUAAAGGUUUUUGAUCUGCUUAAGAUCUGAUAACUAAAUGACAUCCAGUAGCAAAAUGUAGUUAUAAAUCCUACAUUUUGCAAAUAAUGCUGUAAAUUAUAAGAUUGCCUUUGGUGAUUUGCCUACAUUGAUCGACUUUCUAUUUUACUUUGUCACCUGGUACAUGAACCUGGAUUUGGUUGUCAAGUUACGUCUAUUGAUCGGAUGAUUUGUUACACUUGUAAGUGAAGAAUUAUUUCGAGUACAUCAUCUUCAUUUGAAAGGGGCACUUAACUACCUUCUAUAAUUAGCCAAAGCGAGGAUAAAAUUUCCAACUCUGGUAAUUUGGUAUUAGAGAAGUAUUACAAAUAUGGCAACCUAUAAGACAUCUACCUGCUUUUCGAGACUUAAAUAAUACAAAAUGGUGUUUUCCCAAUCAAAUUUAAUAUUUCCACGUUUCGCUGCCGUUUAAUCAGAAUAAACCCAGUAAACUAGAAUCUGGUGAUUAGCUCAUUGCAUUAUAUUUCCCUCUCGUAGUAACACAGUUUUCCUUGGCUUUGACAAACUUCGUGUUAUGGUAAAACUUUCAUCAUUAUCUAGAGUUCACUUUCGACCAGGCAGAUAUGUAAUUCGCAUGAUUUGGUGUUGAUACUUACGAGAAUCCUCAAUCUAAAACUUUUCUUCUAACCCUCUACGCCUUAUUCUUUUUGUUAAUUCUUAAGAAUGAACUAUACAUAUACUAUACUAUAUGUACUUUUUCAGUCUCUGUAUGUUUAGGACCAACUAUUCUAACGAUGGAAUCAAAAGACAAUCCUUCAAAGCCUUUUGUGUUUCCAGUCAUGAAAAAGACAAUUGAAGACCUAUUUACUAAGUCGAAAAUUACGAAAAAUGACAUCGAAGCUUUCCAAGACAAAUAUUGGGAACAACUUGUCCCUAAUUUCAGUCAAGCACUAAAGCUUCUGGACAUACACAGAGUUCCAAGACAUAAUAUUUUAUGGAGCAUAAACGAUCGCCUUAUGGAUGCUAUUAAAGCUAGAGUUGACUCAAAGGCUGAUGAUUGUGACCAGAAGAAAUGCCAAAAACUUUGGCAAAAGCUUAUCAAGACGGGAAUAGUGUAUAUCCAUCAUCCAUAUAUGCGUUCAUUAAUCAUGCAGGUUCUUGGGAAAAUGAAUUCGAUUAAAGAAAGGCAUGUCAACCUAAUUGUUGACAACAAAUAUUUAUAUGAUGACGCUCCUUUACCGGUCUUACGUCAUAUUUGGGUUGCUCACCCUCACAAAUUUCAAGAGGAAUUAGAUAAAGUUAUAGCAACAUUUCAAUCUACAUGGUCUUCCGCUAUUUUGGAUGCUCUUUCAAUGUCUAUCAUGUCUACUGCAUCGACAACAGCUGAUCUUGUCCCAAUUCUUUAUUGGCCACCACGUCGUCGUAGACGUGAUCCUUCAAUUGUACGAAUUGUUGAAAUGAUUGGAGAAGGACAAGUCUUGUAUGAUAAAACUAUAAGCAUACUUCGUGAUCAAUGUAUAAAAUGUGAAAAAGCGGCUUAUUCACUUAUGGAACAGCAAAUCAAAUCGACAAUUGGAAAUAAUAAUCCAUCCGAGGAAAUAGAUGAACAACCACCACCAGCUAAACGAAGUAGACAACGUUUUUCAAGCAAAGAAAAAUCUUCAGAUAUAAUACAACCUUCAGCUAGUCAACCUAUUCCAUAUAUUCCAUUAGCUUUUAUGCCUAAUCAACCUUCAGUUGCUUCAGCAACUUUAUGCACACUACGUUUUGAUUUAUUGAUGAGUUUAAACGAAGCAAAAAUCGAUCGACUGUGUGUUCCUGAUAGAAUUCAUCGUUUUGUUUGGUGCUUAGAUGCGUGUGUUCGUAAUCGUCGAAUUGAUCAAAGGCAUGCUAGUGAAUUAGCCUAUCAUUUACAAUUACAACGCCGUCGUUGGGCUAAAGAAACAGCUGAUGAAUGUCAUGAAUCAUAUGAAUCUAAUGAAAAUAUCAGUGGAGAAAUGUUUAAACGUGGGCAUUCUAGUUCUUCUCGUGGUAAAAAUUCUAAAAGUGGGAAAACCAAUCGAAAACAAUCUCCUACAAGUGCAGAAAAACAUUGUAAUUCAGAGGAUUUAGAAAAGAUAGCUGAUGUAAACUUGUUAGAAAAAGAUAUGCAUAUGGCUUGUCGAGAUCCAUGGGUCGUUUAUACCAUUUGUACAUCAUUAAUUCGUUAUGUACUUAGUGGUCUUUAUGAAGACAAAUUACCUCGUGAUAUACCUGAAGUACACUUACUUGUUCAUUUAUUAGUACUUGGCUUAGGCGAUGAUUUGAUUCCGUAUUCUUGUUUACAAUCAAAAACUAAAGAAAAUUCUAUAAGUAAGCGUAAUAGUACUACCACUACUGUUACUUCUUCUACACCAUCAUCAUCAUUGUCAUCUGAUAUUGAUGAUCCUACAUUGAGUUGUCCAUCGAAAGCAUUAAUUAGUCAUAUUUUACCAGCUGUUGCACAAUUACAAGUAUUAACAUGGAGAGCACAAGUGGCUGAAGAAAUUUUAACAUUAAGCAAUAGUUUAUGGCCUACUAAUAGUUUGGAAAAUACUACUACUAGUAGUAAUAGUAGUAGUGGUGGCAGUGGUGCUGGUGGUGGAUCAACACCAUCUAAUAAUAAUAAUAAUACAAAUCAACGAUCAACAUCUCAUGAAUCAAAAGAAUCAUUUAAUCCGUCAUCAUCAUCAUCAUCAUCAUCAUCAUCAUCACCAUCAUCAUCGCUAACAACAUCACCACCAUUGGUUUGGCAAAAACGUAUUAAAGAUGCUACUCAAUGUGUUAAUAUAACUGUACCAUCAGGUUAUUUAGCACAUCCAAUUGGUUAUUUAAUUUUACAAUAUCAUUGUUUAUUUUGUUUAGAACGUAAUGAAUUAGCUACAUUACGUGCUUUAUUAAAAUUAGCUGUAACACUUGCACAAUCACGUGUAAAUCGUUCUAAUCCACAUCAUCAUAAUAAUAAAUCUACAAUACAAUCUCAACCAAUUACACCAACAAAAUUAUAUUGUACGGAUUCAUUAAUUUCUAAUAAUAAAUUUGGUCUAUCUGUGAUUUUUCGUUGGCGUCCAGAAGUUUUACAAGCUUUAGUUUUAGGAAUUUCACGUUUACCUCAAUCUGCACCUGCUUUUGUGGAUAUUGAUCGAAAUACACAUAUUACUGAAGGUUCUGUUGAAUCUUUAAAUGAUAAUACUGGUCAAUCAGAUUCUGAUAAUAAUUCAUCUAAUAUAUCAUCUCUAGUUCGUACAAAUUCAAUGAUGUCAAAUAUAAUUCCUAACAAUGAAUUAGGAAAUAAUAGUAUUGGUUUUACUAAUGUUCUAAAUCCUACUUGUCAAAAUACUAAUCCAGAAUCUUAUUCUACCAUAACAGGAUCAAUUGUUACACGCGCUAAUUUAGCUGGUCUACUUAGAUCUAGUUUACCAUUAAUUAAUGAUGUACAAUUAUUAGCUCUUGCCCAAGUUGCUUUACUUGUACCUGGACCAACAAAUACUAAUUUAGGAACUAGUGGUAUGUCUAAUAGUGGUGGUACCAAUGUAUCCUCUAUUCAUCCUUUGUCUUCUGGAACUACUACUAGUACUACAGCUACUACAACUACUACGGAUCUUAGUAGUAUCAAUGAAUCUGUCUCAUCUGCACCUAGUUUAAGUGAACGUGAAAAACUUGUCAAUACAUUAGCAAGACAUUGUAAUAUUACAUCUGUUGGUAGUACUGGUACGUUGCCAACUACUGAUUCAAAUUUAUUAUUCGAAUCCAGUACACAACAAUCUAGUACAGUAGCAGGUUCAACUGGAAGCUAUAAAUCAUCAAAUCCACGUGUUUUAGCUGCUUUGGAUGUUCUGCGUAAAGAUAUUGAAAAAUCCCAUAAUUCGCUUGCAUCACCGUUAACACCGACAAAUUUAGUUGGAAUUAAAACUGGACCUGGUGGUUAUAGUUCAUCAGCAUCAUCAUUAAAUGCAUCAGCAAAUCUCUUAACAAACUUUACUGGUUUUCAAAUGCCAGAUGCAUGGGUUGCUCCAUCGCCUCGUAGUCCUUUAUCCAGCAAUAAAUAUUCACGUUUUGGUGCAGACUCAUUACAGUCAUCGAAUAAUACCAGUACAUCAUUAACUAAUACCAGCUUAUCAUCGUGUUACUCAUCAUCGUCAACAUCAUCUUAUGGUUUGCAUUUACCCAUUGGAACACCUCUUACUAAUCCAGGUCUAAUGGGAGCUACACCUCAUCUAAGUAAUCUACAUAUUGGACAAGGUCAAAUGCCAAGUCUACGUAAACUACCAACACUUACUCCCUCACCUGAAAUAUUAUCAUCUUUAUCAUCAUCUUCAAGGGAAUUCCGUACUCCCUUGUCACCUAAUCCUAUUCAUCAUCAAAGAAACAAGUUUGGCACUGAUACAUUAUAUGCUUCAUGCCCAUCUCCAGCUGUACAUCGACCAGGUGCCUCUCAUGAUAAUAGUAAUAUUGUUAUUUCUAGAUCUCCUUCACCACCACCACCACCUUCGUAAUAUUUUAUAUGAAUUAAUUGUUUUCCUCCUACUGUAUUUCGUGUGUAUGUAAAGUUUUUGUAAUUGUGAAUACAAACAACUUAUGACAUGUAUAUGUAUAAACUUUGAACAGUUUCAUUUAUUUAUUUAUUUUAUUAUUAUUAUCUAGUUUCGGUUUUGUUUUUCGAAACAAACAAAAUUUUUUUAUUCCAUUUGAAUAUUUUGUUAAUAAGAAAAAUCAGACCUUAAUUGUUUGAUUUGUUUCUCUCAUUUACCGAUAAAAAUUGGAUGGUUAUUAUCUAACGGCAUGGAAUUGUUGUUUUCACCUAGAUGUUCAUCAGAUUAGAUAGAGGACUUUUUUUCAAUGAAAUAAACGUGUGAAUUUUAAGUGCUUGAAAUGGAUAAUAUGGUGCACAUUGGCUCCAGGAUCCUGAGGGAACAAAUGACGUAUGAAUAAAUUGUUGGUCACUGUC